AUGGCUGAUCAACUUACUGAAGAACAAAUCGCAGAGUUCCGCGAAGCUUUCCAAUUAUUUGACAAAGACGGAGAUGGUGCUAUCACCACCAAGGAAUUAGGCACUGUCAUGCGCUCUUUGAACUUGAAUCCUACCGAAGCUGAACUUCAAGAUAUGAUUAAUGAGGUUGAUAGUGAUGGAAACGGUCAUAUUGACUUUAGUGAAUUCUUGGCAAUGUUGGCUAGAAAGAUGAAGGACACUGACUCUCAAGAGGAAAUUCAAGAAGCCUUCAAGGUUUUUGAUAAGGAUGGUAAUGGUUAUAUCUCUGCCGCUGAAUUGCGUCAUGUCAUGACCUCUCUUGGCGAAAAGCUGACCGAGGAAGAAGUGGAUGAGAUGAUCCGUGAAGCUGAUGUUGAUGGUGAUGGCCAAAUCAACUACGAGGAGUUUGUCAAGAUGAUGAUGUCCAAAUAA